CAUUGGGAGCUUCUGAUAAAUCAUUGCUAAAGGAGGGCCACCCUUGUAUCAACUCAUUCUGCAAGUUCUGCACAUCCAAAGUACUUUUGUGGUAUAAUGGCCACUGAAGAAGGGGAGGUUCCGGAGGCCCCUGCCGAAGGUGAAGCAGAUACGCAGGAACUUACCGAAGAACAAGCUGCGGAUGUUUCCCAUACUGCUGUCAAGAUAGAUGAGAUUGCCCAUCGGAUUUCAAUGAAAUCAUCUAUGUAUAUGCGUACUGGAUUUAGUGAUGAAGAGCGUGUCGAAGUAGAUAGAACGGCUUUGGAAGCUAUAUUAGAUGUCGGCACUCGUUUGCAAGAUAUUCAGAAGAAGAGUAAAAUAUCUAUGAGCACGCUGGCACUAGCUCAUGAGUCUUAUAAAGACAAGCAAGCUAAAGCCAAAGAAGCCCGUAAUAACCGCACAGGUGGCAUCAAAACACAACACAGGUUUCUGUUAGAAAAUGCUGCUUCAAUUCUAAAUAGGAAUAUUGAUUAUGUAUUAGAUGGUGUUUACGACUCCGAUAUACAUAUAGAUUUGUUAGAUAGCGCAGUUGUAGAAGGUGGCAGAAAUUGUAUUGUACUUUGUGAUGCUCUGUUACCGCCUUUGAAGAUGGAGUCUGGUAGGUUCAUUCCAAAUCAAAGGACCUGGAUGGAAAGAACUUAUAUUUCUGAUGCAGCAACUAUGGGGACAGAGGGCAAAUGUAUUGCUAUGUAUAGGAUCAAAAAUAAACUUAUUGAUACUAAAAAUGUAGCAGAUGAUUAUUUUUUAGUUUACUUUGAUAUGGAUCAAGAAACUGAAAAUGUGGUGUCUGGUAUAUUCAAGACAAUGAGUAGAGUUUACAUACCCGCACUGAACAUGUGCAAGGCUUGGGGAGAUCUCAACCCACCUAAUCCUAAUAGUGAAAAUAUCAUAAAGUCAUACAUCUCCAAGAUAAUGCUGUUCAUAGAUUAUUUGCAAAAAACCAAGAUAGACCUAGAUUGCUGUACCAAAUUCAAAAUAAAUUUGAUUUUAUAUGAAGAUGAGUUGUCGGAUCAGGACAAAAUGAAGCUUGCUAUAACAAAAACUCACGUGCUUGAAGAAAUAUGCACUUAUGUAAAGCAAUGGGUCCGACAGAUUACUAUGGUUUUAGUACAGAGUCAGCAACUGAGGCGCGAACCGUCUAACAUAGGCCCUCUGGCCGAGUUGGAUCACUGGCGCCGACAACUCACCACUUUCACGUCUAUAAUCGAACAUAUAAAAAGUGAUCCGUGUCAAAUGUACAUACACACUUUGAUUCGUGCCAAGUCGAAGCUUAUUAAGAAAUGGAGAAUAAUAGAUAACCAAGUAACAGAUUACUACAACGAAGCAUUUGAUAAUGUAAAAUAUUUAUAUGCAUUAGAAAAGUAUUGUGAACCUCUAUACAGGUGUGAUCCACAAACUAUGCAACAGUACAUACCAGGCCUGCUGUAUACAGUUCGUAUGAUUUUUGCAACUUCGCGUUACUAUAAUACCACUAAGCAAAUAUCAACACUAUUGGUUAAGGUGACCAAUCAGAUACUCAACAUGUGUAUGGAUUACCUUACUAAAAGUGGAACCAAAACUAUUUGGAACCAAGACAAGUUGAAUUUCAUAAAUAAAGCUAAGUUAUGUCUCGAAUUAUAUAAUUUUUACCGAGAAUGCUACACAGAAACGCAAAGGGAGAUGAUGGAAGCAGCCGACGAAAGACCCUUUGAUUGUUCUGAAAUGUAUAUAUUUGGUAAAUUCGAAACGUUUCGCAAGAGAUUGAUUAAGAUAAUAGACCUAUUUCAAACAUACAUAACUUACUACGUGUUAAAUAAAACCACUUUGGAAAGUAUUGAAGAAUAUGCAGCCAACUUUAAUAAACUGUUCAAAACAAUAUCGUCGAAAACUUACGAUGCAUUGGAGCACAGACGACCUGAUUUCGAUAAAGAUUAUAAAAUCUAUAAAGACAACAUCGCUAACCAAGAAUUACUAUUGGAGAAUUUCAUGAUUAAUAGCGUUAACAAAUGUCCGACCACCGAGAUAGCGUUACAUCUGUUGAAAAGAUUCGAAAAGCUAAAGUUAGACUGUUUGUAUCUCGAAGAUCAGUACUACGAUUUGAUCAGCACUUACACCGGAGAAAUUGAGUCCAUUAGAGACAGGUACAAUGAAGAACGAGAAAAUCCCGAAUUACCGCGGAACAUGCCACCAGUCGCCGGGAGGGUUAUGUGGAUAAGAUUCUACGACAAGAACAUCAAGGGACCGAUGGAGGAGUUCAUGGGGCAUCAUGAAGUUAUUACACAUAUGAAUACGCAAAGAUGUAUAAAGUUGUUUAAUGUUAUGAGCAUUGUUAAUACUGAAUUCGAAUUGAUCUAUCACAAUGCAUGGGCAGAGAAUGUUGGACAAGUGAGAUUGGGACUGAUCGCUCCAUUGUUAAUUCGCCAUCCGGCUACAAAUAUGUACGUCGUAAACUUUAGCAUCUAUAUCCCUGAAUGUAUCAGGGAAGUUGAAUAUAUGUGGCAAUUGGGGCUGAGUGUUCCUGAUGGGGCUCAGAUUGUCGCGUUUUGUAAAGACAAAAUUUUGGGAAAUUACGAACGCAUAAAGUUUUUGGUUGAGAGAAACAAUCAAAUAAGAAGGAGCAUGCCAAAGUUAUAUUUGCCCUUACUUCGAGCGCAACUUAUAAAAUUAGAGAAAGCAUUCCAACCGGGAUUAUCAACCAUCACAUGGACUUCCUUGGAAAUCCCUUCUUAUUGUGAAAAAAUUGAGAAGAUUCUCGAUGAAGUGGAUUUGUUUGUUAAAGAGGUUGUUGACAUGAAGGAAGCCCGAAUUGAUGCUAUACUGGCGUCAAUAACUAAAACGUUACUUGUUUAUUUGCCCGAACAAGCUGUAGAACCUUCCAUAUUUUAUGAAGAGAAUCUUGUAAGGCGUGAUGAAAUUGCUAACGAUCUGCAACAGAAGUCAUGGAAUGCAGAGAUCGCCGUGAUAGAAUUGAUACACAAGUUCUUGGACAGCGUACCAUCAAAACAAAUUCAAGACCUGAAAGACAAUUGGUUAGAUAUAGAGAAAGCAUUAAAGCAAGUUACUUCCGCCACUAGAGUAUUUCCAGAAGAUGCUGCUUUCCUUGAGAUUGAGAACCCAGAUCGGUUUGAUGUUCAACCUGCCAUAAAUGAAUGCAAUGAAUUGUUUGCAUAUUUUGCUACUAAGUGCUUGGAAUCUUUGAUUAAAUGCACCAGACAGAGUCUUGACAUAUUGAGACGUCGUGCAUCCGUAUCUAGCUUUUUGACGAUGACCACGGAUCCAGAAGAGCAGAAGAAAUUAAAGCCGCUGAUGUUGACAAAAAUGUUUCUGCAAAUACCAAGAAUUCUUAUAAAACCAACGUUGGACGAAGUACAGACUGCUUUCUCCCAAGUGGUUUUGAACUGCAUAAUGGACAUUCAUAGAAAUAUAUUUAUGUGGGGACAGCAAGAGUUGAUAAAGAAAGAGAAAAUGAGAGGCGUUUCAUUGACCGCCACCCGUAGUGUGAGCAGUUCUCGAUCUGGAUCCAGCAUUGUGGGUAUCAGAAAUUACUUCCGUAUGGUGUCAGAACAUAAAGACAUUGUGAGAUCAGUGAUGGCAUUACAAGGAAUGAUGUACAUGUAUAAACCGGACAUUGAGAAACUUCUAAAGCACUACGGUAAAUACGCUCCUCUUUGGGCUGAAGAUAGAGUCCAACAAGUGCAAAGUUUCGUGGACUCGAAUCCUUUAAACGUCAUUAUUAGUGAUACGCUUAAAAGGUAUGAAAGUCAAACUGAAGAAGUCCUUAACUUACCAGAGAGACAUAUCAUUGGGUCUAUUCAAAUUGAUAUGGAAAACAUUAAGUUGGGUUUACAUGUCGAAUCUGUGGAAUGGAAAAGGAUUCUUGGAAAAUUACUAAGUCACGCUUACAAGGAACGGGUAACACGACUAAUGCAAUUUAUUAACGACCGCAUGAAGACAAUGGGGAAGAAAUUAAAAGAUUUAGACGACGUAAGGUUGGCCAUGCUUUGCCUUGAACUCAUUCGAGAGGAAUUUAUUGGAAUGGAUAUGGAACUAGACCUGAUUGAAGAGAGCUACGCAACCUUUGCUCAAUUUAAUAUCGACAUACCUAAAGAGGAUGCUGACAUGGUUUACGGUUUGCGAUAUGCUUUCCAGAAUAUGUUAAUAACAUCUCAACAAAUACAGCAGAAAAUAGUAGAGAUGCAAGGACCGCUUCAGAAGGAAUUAACAGAAGGUGUGGCGACAUUCUAUGAAGAUGUAUUGAAAUUUGAUGCUGAUUAUGACGCGUUCGGGCCGAUGACCCCUGGACUGAGUGCUCGAGAGGCUAGUGACAGAGUAAUAAUGUUCCAAUCGAGAUUUGAUGACUUAUGGAGGCGUUUCGAAAUGUACUCUAAUGGUGAAAAACUGUUUGGCAUGGAAGUGAAGGACUAUCCGAUACUUCAUCAAAGAAAAAAGGAAUUCAAUUUAUUGAGCAAACUGUAUAGUUUAUAUCUGUCUGUCAUGAACUCCAUUGAUGGAUACUUUGAGACACCGUGGGUGGAAAUUGAUAUUGAAACCAUUGUUGCACAACUAGCGGAAUUUGAUAUGAGAUGUCGAAAGUUGCCAAGAGGCAUGAAGGACUGGCCUGCGUACAUUGAGUUGAAAAACAAAAUUGACGAUUUCAAUCAGACUUGUCCAUUAUUAGAGUUGAUGGCUGAUAAGUCUAUGAAGGAUAGACACUGGAAGAGAUUGGAGAAGUUAAUGAAUUGUGUGUUGGAUGUUGAAUCUGAAUCAUUUACAUUGGCUAACGUUAUGGAAGCACCGUUACUGAAGUACAAAGAAGAUGUGGAGGAUAUAUGUAUCAGUGCUGUGAAAGAGAAAGAUAUUGAAGCUAAAUUGAAACAAGUUAUCUCAGAUUGGGCGGUUAUCGACUUGACGUUUGGUCCAUUCAAGAAUAGAGGCGAAUUACUUAUUAAACCGCAAGAGACGCUUGAUAUUAUUACUUUGCUGGAAGAUUCUUUGAUGAUACUUAAUUCUUUAGCUUCAAAUCGAUACAAUGCGCCAUUCAAGAAAGACAUUUUACUAUGGAUCAAUAAAUUGGUCAGCACUGCGGAAAUCCUAGAGAAAUGGCUCCAAGUGCAGAACUUAUGGAUGUACUUAGAGGCUGUGUUCGUUGGUGGUGAUAUUGCGAAACAAUUGCCUGCUGAAGCGAAAAGAUUUGCUACAAUAGAUAAAACAUACGUGAAAAUAAUGUACCGAGCACGUGACAUAGUAAACUGCGUCGAAACAUGCACAUCAGAUGAUACGCUGAAGCAAUUGCUCCCACAUUUAUUCGAACAAUUGGAAGCCUGUCAGAAAUCUUUGACUGGAUAUUUAGAAAUGAAACGGCUUAUAUUCCCGAGGUUCUUCUUCGUUUCCGAUCCAGUGUUGCUGGAGAUUCUUGGGCAAGCGUCCGAUCCCCAUUCUAUUCAGCCACAUCUGCCAAGUAUUUUCGACGCGAUGUACACAGUCGACUUUGAUGACAAGGAGAGGAUUGUGAACAUGAACUCUGAUAACGGAGAGACCAUUCCUCUUGAUCGUCCUGUUGUUUGUAUUGGAGGCGUUGAGAUUUGGCUGAACACAUUAUUAGAUACCAUGAAGGAUACAGUGAGGAAUAUGAUUGCCAAUAUAUCUCAGACGAUGGCUAGUGAUCCUGAAUUUGAGUUUUUAAUUGGAUUUUGGCACUUCCCUGGGCAGGCUGGUCUGCUAGGAAUGCAAAUAUUGUGGACAAGCGAUGCCGAGUAUGCUCUUAAGAAAGCAAGAGCGGAUCGUUUCAUUAUGAGAUUGACAAAUCAAAAGAACCUCGAUCUUUUGAACGGUCUUAUUGACCUGACAGUAACUGACUUGGUGCCAUUAGAUAGAACAAGAGUUGAAACGAUGAUCACAAUUCACGUGCAUCAACGAGACAUAUUCGAUGAUUUAGUCCGAAUGAGGAUAAAAUCGCCAAUAGAUUUUGAAUGGCAGAAACAGGCUCGCUUUUAUUAUAUUGAAGAUUCAGAUGAUUGCAUUGUAUCUAUUACUGAUGUAGACUUCAUAUAUCAGAACGAGUAUCUGGGUAUAACGGAGCGUCUGGUGAUCACGCCACUGACGGACAGAUGCUACAUCACGCUAUCACAGGCGAUAGGGAUGAGUAUGGGCGGUGCGCGCGGGCCCGCGGGCACCGGCAAGACCGAGACCACCAAGGACAUGGCCCGCACGCUCGGCAAGCUCGUCAUCGUGUUCAACUGCUCCGACCAGAUGGAUUUCAGAGGUUUAGGCCGCAUCUACAAAGGUUUGGCCCAAUCUGGCACCUGGGGAUGUUUCGAUGAGUUUAACCGCAUAGAGCUCCCCGUACUGUCUGUAGCUGCCCAGCAGAUUUAUAUUUGUCUCACGGCACGAAGAGAGAAGAGAGAAUUCUUUAUAUUCAGUGACGGAGAUGUAGUGAGCUUGAAUCCUGAGUUCGCAUUCAUUAUCACAAUGAAUCCGGGAUACGCCGGCCGGCAGGAAUUACCUGAAAAUUUGAAAAUACAGUUCCGUUCUGUAGCCAUGAUGGUGCCAGACAGGCAAAUUAUUAUUCGAGUCAAACUGGCCAGUUGCGGAUUUAAAGAAAACAUUUUGCUGUCGCGUAAAUUCUUCACUCUGUAUAAACUGUGCGAGGAGCAGUUGUCCAAGCAGGUCCAUUACGAUUUUGGUCUCCGGAAUAUUUUAUCAGUACUCAGGACUAUGGGCUCGCAGAAACGAGCUAAUCCGGAAAGCACAGAAGAAAACAUCAUGAUGAGAGUAUUAAAAGAAAUGAAUGUGUCAAAAUUAGUAGACGAGGAUGAGCCGCUGUUCGUGUCGUUGAUUGAAGAUUUGUUCCCUGGCAUGAAGCUCAGUCAAACUGUACACAGGGAAAUGCAACGAGCAAUAAUUUUAAUAACGGAAAGAACCGGUCUUGUGAAUCAUCCUGAUUGGAAUUUAAAGAUCAUUCAAUUGUAUGAGACGUCAUUGGUGCGUCACGGUCUGAUGACUAUGGGUCCCACUGGAUCCGGGAAGACAACCUGCAUACAUACGUUGAUGGCAGCGCUGACUGAAGUUGGAAGACCUCAUAGAGAAAUGAGAAUGAAUCCGAAGGCUAUAACUGCUCCGCAAAUGUUUGGCCGUUUGGACGUCGCCACCAAUGACUGGACGGACGGUAUAUUUUCAACUUUGUGGAGACGAGCAUUGAAAGUCAAAAAAUCUGAUACCACUUGGAUUGUGUUAGAUGGCCCAGUCGAUGCGGUGUGGAUAGAAAAUCUAAAUUCAGUAUUAGACGACAAUAAAACGCUGACUCUCGCCAACGGAGACCGCAUCACGAUGGCUUCGAACAGUAAGCUCGUGUUCGAGCCUGACAACGUGGACAAUGCCUCUCCUGCGACCGUCAGUAGGAUGGGAAUGGUGUUCCUGUCUUCUUCUGUGUUGAGAUGGCAACCUGUUUUGGAGGGCUGGUUAAAAAAGAGAUCACAAAAAGAAUCUGACUCGCUUCGCAACGCAUUUAACAAAGUGUAUGAUGAAGUGCAUUCGUUCGUACAACAAAGGUUACCUGUUAAAAUGAAAUUACUAGAGGCCAUUUACGUAAGGCAGUGCAUCGACGUGUUGAUUGGUUUGCUGCAAAUAGAAAUUCCAGGUGGCAAGAUGCACACGGAUCGUCACUUAGAGCGAUUGUUCAUAUUCGCGAUGAUGUGGUCGCUGGGCGCGGUGUUAGAGCUAGACGCGCGCACGCGCAUGGCGGAGUUUAUGACUAAGCUGCCCGUGAAGAUGGACUGGCCCGGCGCCAAGUCCAAAGAGUGGAUCAUGCCGUUCGAGUACAUGGUCAACGAGACUGGAGUGUGGCAGCACUGGUCGGAUAUUGUGGAAGAUUAUUAUUACCCACCGGACAGCGUACCAGAAUACGCAUCGAUUCUAGUUCCAAAUAUUGAUAACGUUUGCAUAUCGUUGAUUAACACAAUAGCUAAACAGAAUAAGGCUGUACUAUUGAUCGGUGAGCAGGGCACUGCAAAGACUGUCAUGUUGAAAAGUUAUAUGCAGAAGUACGACAACGAAGUGAAACUGUACAAGAUGAUUAACUUUUCAUCUGCUACUACGCCGAAUAUGUUCCAGAGAAUUAUUGAGUCGUACGUAGAGAAGCGCGUCGGUAUGACGUACGGCCCGCCUGGAAACCGAGCCAUGACCGUGUUUGUAGACGACAUCAACAUGCCCGUCGUUAAUGAAUGGGGUGAUCAGGUGACAAAUGAAAUAGUAAGGCAAAUGAUGGAGUGUGGUGGAUUCUAUUCAUUGGAAAAGCCCGGAGACUUCACUACAAUAGCUGACAUUCAGAUGUUUGGGGCAAUGAUACAUCCAGGUGGCGGACGAAAUGAUAUUCCACCGCGUUUAAAGAGACAAUUUAAUAUCUUUAAUUGCACUUUGCCCAGUAAUAUAUCAAUGGAUCGUAUAUUUGAAACUAUAAGCGCUGGCUAUUUCUGCAAGACGCGAUUUGACAAGAAGAUCGUGGACUUCAUGCCGAGGCUUGUCCCAGUUACUCGCAUGAUUUGGCAACAGACAAAGGUAAAAAUGUUACCGACGCCAGCUAAGUUUCACUAUGUGUUCAAUCUGCGAGAUUUGUCUCGUAUUUGGGAAGGAAUAUUAUUUAUCAAGAAGGAUGAACUUCAAAACGUCAAAACUGCUCUGAAGCUUUGGUUCCACGAGUGUUUAAGGGUUAUAUCGGAUAGAUUUACGACAUUUGACGACAAGGAUUGGUUCGUGGCUAAUUUCUGGAAGACAGCCGCUCAAGAGAUGCCGGAUAUAGUGGGUGAAUUUCCCGAAGAGGAGACGUUUUUUGUUAACUUUUUGCGUGAGCCAGUGGAACCUACGGGCGACGAGGAAGAAGAUUUCAGCACUGACGCGCCCAAGAUUUAUGAAGAACUGCCAUCGUGGGAUUUUGUACUAAUGAAGCUUAAACAGUUCCAAGAACAAUUCAAUGAACAAGUCCGAGGCGCACAUCUGGAUCUAGUGUUCUUCCAUGAUGCGAUGGUUCAUUUAUUCAUAGUAUCGAGAAUUAUAAAUACACCUCGAGGCAAUGCUCUGCUUGUGGGAGUAGGCGGUUCCGGCAAGCAGAGCUUGACGAAAUUGGCUUCUUACAUAGCAAACUUCCAGUUCUACCAAAUCACUCUUACAAGGACCUACAACGUGGGCAAUUUUAUGGACGAUAUAAAAUUGUUGUAUCGUAUAGCUGGUUUGCAGGGGCAAGGCAUAACAUUCAUAUUCACAGAUAACGACAUCAAGGAUGAGCAAUUCCUCGAGUUCUUGAACAACAUUCUCAGCUCGGGAGAAAUUGCUAACCUCUUCCCUAAAGAUGAGAUGGAUGAAAUACUAAACGAACUGACUCCAAUAAUGAAAAAGUACGCACCCAAGAGGAUCCCGGUGCCGGAUAUAUUGUACGAAUACUUUAUCAUGCGCUCUAGAUCUAACCUGCACGUGGUGUUGUGCUUCUCUCCAGUAGGAGAAAAAUUCCGCAGCAGAGCGCUAAAGUUCCCUGGACUUAUUUCGGGGUCCACAAUGGAUUGGUUCCAGAAAUGGCCUAGGGUUGCGCUUAUUGAAGUGGCACUUCACUUCUUGUCCGAUUUUCAUGUGGUAUGUUCAGCGGAGACAAAACAACAGCUGAUUGAGAUAAUGGGUAUGGUGCAAGAUAAUGUGGCGGACACUUGCUUAACGUACUAUGACAGAUUUAGGAGGCAGACCCAUGUCACUCCUAAGUCAUAUUUAUCGUUUUUGGAGGGCUACAAAGUGCUGUAUAAAGAGAAACACGUACAAAUUGCCGAGAUGGCGCGCAGAAUGACAACCGGCCUGGAUAAACUGGUAGAAGCGGCAGCUAGCGUAGACGUCUUAAAAAAGGAGUUGGAACUGAAAGAGUUGGAAAUUAAGGAGGCUACAGCAAAAGCUGAAGAGGUGUUAGCUGCGGUGGCGGAGUCGGCCGCUGCAGCUGAAGUGGUGAAAGCCGAGGUGAUGGAUGUGAAGGACCGCGCAGUGAAGCUGGUCAGCGUCAUAGCUGCCGAGACGGCUGUCGCAGAAGAAAAAUUGGCCGCUGCCAAACCUGCUCUUGAUGCUGCUGAGGCCGCGUUACAGACAAUUAAUGCUGCUGAUAUUGCAACGGUGAGGAAAUUGGGUAAACCGCCGUAUUUGAUUACACUCAUUAUGGACGCUGUCAUACUGUUGUUCAGAAAAAGGAUCGAUCCUAUUAAGCCGGACCCUGAGAGGCAAUUUUUAACGGCUUCGUGGGCUGAGUCGCUGAAGGUUAUGGCAGAUUCGAGGUUCCUAAAUAAUCUCAAAUUCUAUCCCAAAGACGAGAUCAAUGCUGAAAUGAUUGAUUUGUUGCAACCCUACUUCGGUUUCAGCGGGUAUACGUUUGAAGCAGCGAAGGUAGCUUGCGGUAAUGUAGCCGGUUUGAUAUCAUGGACUAUCGCUAUGGCUCAAUUUUAUUCGGUUAAUAAAGAUGUAUUGCCGCUAAAAGCUAAUUUAGCUAUAAUGCAAGGCAAAUAUCAGUCCGCUAAGAAAGAGUUAGAGGCUGCUGAAGCUCAGUUAGCGGCUAAAGAGCUGGAGUUAGCUGAAGUACAAAAAAUGUUUGACGUAGCGAUGACGCUCAAGCAAGCGGUGUUGGACGACGCGGCCAAGUGCCAGCAGAAGAUGGACGCCGCCACCGCUCUCAUUAAUGGGCUCAGUGGCGAGCGAGUCCGGUGGACUGAACAGUCAGCGUUGUUCAAGUCGGAAAUUGAGCGGCUAGUUGGCGAUAUACUGUUGCUUACAGGAUUUUUGUCAUAUUCUGGACCCUUCAACCAAGAAUUCCGAUCUUUGCUAAUAAGUAAUUGGUUAACUGAAUUACUGAGAAGAAAAAUACCAGUGUCUAUGAAUUUGAACAUCACUGAGCAGCUUACGGAUACUGCCACGAUUGGCGACUGGAAUCUGUGUGGAUUGCCUACAGACGAGUUGUCGAUACAGAACGGCAUUAUUGUUACGAAGGCGUCACGGUUUCCUCUUCUCAUCGACCCGCAGACACAGGGCAAAAACUGGAUUAAAAACAUGGAGAAAUACAAUGAACUUAUUGUUACUACUUUGAAUCAUAAAUAUUUUAGAAAUCACAUGGAAGAUUGUGUGUCACUAGGAAGACCUUUACUUAUCGAAGAUGUUGCUGAAGAACUUGAUCCAGCUUUGGAUAAUAUUCUAGAAAGGAAUUAUAUCAAAAUUGGAUCUUCUUACAAGGUGAGGUUAGGUGACAAAGAAAUUGAUGUUACGGCUGGUCAUAAAAUAUACAUUACAACAAAGCUUCCAAAUCCCGCGUACACUCCAGAGAUUUCAGCACGAACUUCAAUCAUUGAUUUUACUGUAACUAUGCAAGGUUUGGAGGAUCAAUUACUGGGUCGAGUGAUCUUAACGGAGAAGGCAGAGAUGGAGGCAGAACGUACUCAGUUGAUUAUGGACGUAACCGCAAACCGACGAAAGAUGCAAGAGUUGGAAGCCAAUCUGUUGCACAAACUGACGACUAUACAAGGAUCGCUAGUAGAGGACGUGUCUUUGAUUCAAGUGUUGAACGUCACGAAGGCUACUGCUACUGAGGUGAGAGAAAAACUAGACGUUGCCAAAGAAACUGAGAUAAAAAUCAACGCGGCACGAGAAGAGUUCCGUCCUGUAGCUACAAGAGGAUCGGUGUUGUACUUCUUGGUCUGCAACAUGUCGCUCGUAUGUAACAUGUAUCAGACGUCGCUGGCGCAGUUUCUGGAGAGGUUUGACAUAUCUAUGGAAAGGUCGCCUCAGAGCCCCAUAACAAGUAGGAGAAUUGGAUUCAUCAUUGAAUAUUUGACAUACGACGUGUUCAAGUACAUCAGUCGCGGAUUUUAUGAAAAGCACAAAUAUUUGUUUACUAUACUGCUGACUUUAAAAAUAGAUUUGCAGAAAGAAUACAUAAAUUAUGACGAAUUUCAAACCUUGAUUAAAGGCGGUGCUGCAUUGGAUCUGAAUGCUUGCCCACCCAAACCCUUCAAAUGGGUCACGGACAUGUCUUGGUUAAAUUUGGUGCAAUUGAGCGGUUUACGGCAGUUUACCAAUAUUUUAAACCAGGUGGCUAAUAAUGAGAAAGGAUGGAAAAAUUGGUUUGACAAAGAAGCACCAGAAGACGAGCCCUUACCCGAUGGAUAUCAUACACUAGAUGUUUACAGGAAGUUGCUUGUUGUUCGUUCCUGGUCUCCCGAUCGUACCCUAGCGCAGAGUUUGAAAUAUGUUUGUUCAUCAAUGGGAGCUAGAUUUUCAGAAGCUGUGAUUGUCAAUUAUGAGCAAAUGGUGAUGGAAGCUCGACCGCUAGUGCCGCUUAUUGGGUUCUUGGCGAUGGGUUCUGACCCUACUCCUUCCAUCGAAGGGACUGCCAAGCGGCUGGAAUGUCUCUGCUCCUCUAUAUCAAUGGGUCAAGGUCAGGAAGUACAUGCAAGAAAAUUAAUUGAUCGCGGCAUUAACGAGGGAUUAUGGGUGCUUCUUCAAAAUUGUCACUUGGGUUUAGAGUAUAUGGUUGAGAUUAUGGAACAAUUUGCUGAACUAGAAAAAACUCCGGAAAAGGUUCACGAAACGUUUAGACUGUGGAUCACUACAGAAGUGCAUGAUAAGUUCCCAAUCACUUUACUCCAGAUGUCUAUAAAGUAUACUUGUGAACCGCCAUCAGGUAUAAAAGCCGGGUUGAUGCGGACAUAUGAUUCGAUGAGCCAAGACUUCCUAGACUACAGUGACAGUCCGUUCUAUUUACCGCUUAUUUAUACGAUAUCCUUCUUGCACACUGUGGUACAAGAGAGACGCAAGUUCGGCCCACUCGGGUGGAACAUACCUUACGAGUUCAAUUCUGCGGAUUGGUUGUCGUGUUGUAUGUUUGUGCAGAAUCAUUUGGACGGGUUGGAACAGGGACAGACUAUCAGUUGGACUACUGUAAGAUACAUGGUAUCGGCUGUCCAAUACGGAGGUCGUGUUACUGAUGACUAUGACAAUCGGUUACUCGGCACCUUCUGUCGCGUGUGGUUCACCGACCAACUAUUUACGGAGGAUUUCCAGUUCUACAAGGGUUACGGAAUUAUGAAGUUCAAGAACAUUCCAGAAUAUCUUGAAGAGAUUGAUAAAAUGAAGACUGUUGAUCCACCGCAAGCUUACGGACUGCAUACUAAUGCAGAUAUUACGUACCAACGCAGUAAGACUCAGGAAUUGUUGGAUACAAUCCUCUCUAUACAACCCAAAGAGUCUAGUUCUGGUGGUGGAGAGACCCGCGAGGCUUCAGUUUAUAGACAAUCUAAAGAGAUGCUGGACAAAGUUCCGCCCAAUUUCGACCCACAUGAGGUCAAGGAGAGAUUGAGAUAUUAUGGAAUGCUGAAUUCAAUGGUGAUUUUCUUGCGUCAAGAAAUCGAUCGAAUGCAGAAAGUGAUUUCACUCGUGAGAACAACGUUAAGAGAUUUGCUCUUGGCUAUUGACGGCACUAUAAUUAUGAAUGAAGCACUUCGUGACUCGUUGGAUAGUAUUUAUGACGCAAAAGUGCCAAAGUUGUGGUUGAGGAGCUCAUGGUCUUCAUCCACACUCGGUUUCUGGUUCACCGAGUUCUUGGAAAGGAAUAUACAGUUUUCGACGUGGUGUUUUCAAGCAAGACCUUUCUCAUUCUGGAUGACCGGUUUUUUUAAUCCUCAAGGAUUUUUGACGGCUAUGCGUCAAGAGGUAACACGAGCACACAAAGGUUGGGCUUUGGAUAUGGUUUCAUUGCACAAUGAUGUCACAAAGAUUUACUACGAGGAGGUUAAGGCACCGCCACCAGAAGGUGUUUUUAUUCAUGGCGUAUUUUUGGACGGUGCUGGAUGGGAUCGUCGUAAUAUAAGACUCUGCGAGUCAACUCUAAAGGUUCUAUAUACUGCCCUGCCGGUAAUACAUGUGUAUGCUAUCAAUUCUACUGCCCCCAAGGAUCCGAAGUUAUAUCAGUGCCCAGUGUAUAAGAAGCCUUGUCGUACCGGACUGACAUUCAUCACGCCCUUAUGGCUGCCCACCAUUAAAAACCCUGAUCAUUGGAUUCUGAGAGGUGUAGCUAUUUUGUGUGAUAUUAAAUAGAAUAUUUUGUGGGUGAUCCCAGAUGUUCAAAACAAGUGUUCCUGUUUGUCGUCUUCCUUGAUUCGGAGAGGCAUAUUUUUUAUCAUUAUUAUGUAUUGUGUGUGGUAUUAUUAUAAUAUUAUGCAUUUGAUUUUUAAUGGUAGGUAUUAAUAAUUGU